ACUCAAAAAAAAAAAAAAGGAAAAGAGUGAAGGGAAAAAGGCUGCAAAGUGAAAAGAUUAAAGAUAGAAGAAAUAACAAGAGGACUCCAUCCAUCCAAGCAAGCAAUGGAUGGCGGCGAUUAUGAGGAUUCAAGAGAGAAAGGAAAGCAAGUUUCUCUCCUUGGCUUAGCUUGGUCGGGGAGAAGAGAAAGGAAAUUAAAAUAGAGCGAAAGAAAGAAAAAAAAAAGAAAUAAACCGGAAGGCGGCGUCUCAUAAAUCCACGUGGCGUGGCAUCAGUGGUUAGGUAGGAGAGAUGAAGAGAAAGAGAGGAAGGGGAGCUAGCUUACCCUUGCCCUUUCUUUCUCUCAUGCGCUGCCAUGUCAGAGUGGUAACCCGUCUCCUAUGACCCCGGCGAAUCCGUUCCAUAUGCUCUCUUUCUCUCUCCCUACAAAAACACUUGCAUCUAUAUCUCUUAUUCUAUUUUAUUUUAUUUUUUUCAAUUCUCUCUCUAUAUUUAUUCAUUUUUCUUGUGUCUUCUCUGUUUCUCUCUCUUUUCUCCCUUUUCUAUGCUUGCUAUACCCAAAUUCCCCUCUCUCUUCGUCCCUAUCUUUUGCAUCUCUUAAUCUGUAGUCUUGAUGCUAUUCCGCUUGGGCUUGAUUGUUGUUCCAUAAAGAAGAUUGGAACUGCACAUUUAGUCUUUGCAGUGGCUAAGAUUGCAGGUUUGUAUCUUUAUUGCUCCAGAAGUGACUCAUGACAUGCUUUCUGUUGUUCAUAGCCACAAUGUAAGACCAUGAUUAACAAAGGAUGAAGGAUACCAGUUCAUCAAAUAGGAAAAUGAUUAACCGAAACUGGGUCUUGAAGCGCAAACGAAGAAAGCUUCUGUGUGGACCAUCCCUUGCCAAUGGUAAAGAAGAGAACUUAGUAGCGUCAGAAUCUUCAAGAAGUACUUCAGCUAAAUGUAGGCUAAAAGUUGAAACGAGCUCUGAUCAGUUGUCAUCUAAAAAGAAAGGAAAUGAUGGGUAUUACUAUGAAUGUGUGAUUUGUGAUGUUGGUGGCAACUUGUUGUGUUGUGAUAGUUGUCCUAGGACCUAUCAUCUUCAAUGCCUUGAUCCACCUCUUAAGCGCAUUCCAAUGGGAAAGUGGCAAUGCCCAAAAUGCUGUAAGAAGACCAAUCCACUCAAGCCCAUUGCCCAUCUGGAUUCAAUUUCAAAGCGAGCAAGAUCAAAAAUUAUCAAGACAAAAGCUCAAACUGGAAUAAAGUCACCUGCUACUGAAAAAGUGUCCCGAAUUUUUGGAACGUCCAUUAUUGCAAAGAAAAGAUCCUCCUCUAGCAAAGGAAAAUCUGAUUUAGCUCGGGGAGUUGAUACUUUGAAAAAGGAAGCAGAAACCUCGCAUAUAGAUUCACUUUGUAUCCCCAAGCCAAUUCUCACAUCCCUUGGUGGUGCUGAGAAAGGUGGUUCAUUGUGUGUGAAUGUUGAUGAUGGGAAGAAGCCUGAUGCAUCUCUAACAGAUUCAUCUACAGAAAGGAAGUUAACUCCUCCUGCUAAAGUGGUUUUGUCGCAUUCUAAAAGCACAAAGUCACAGCAAAAUGAUGAAGCAUCUGAAGCGAAGCAUGAAUUGCCAUGCAAUAAUGAGUCUUCCAGAAAUAAAAUUGUUCUUGCAAUUGGUGUAGCCACGAGGAAAGAUAGAAAAAGAAAGCAGAAAGUCAGUAAUGAGGCAAGUCAGAAGAAGUGUAAGAGAGAUAAGGGAAAGCAUACUGUUAGUACUUCGAAAAAAAAAGGGUCCAAAGCAAAUAAUAUUGGUCCUGGAUCUAGUAAAUCUCAUCACAAACAGAAACCUGUUGAUCAUGGGGUUUCUGCAUCUUUGUCCAAGGUUGAUGAUGGAAACAAGAGUUUUGAUACUCAGAAAAAAGAUGAGAAGCUUUCUGAGGAAGCAACACAUCAGUCAGAUGAGUCAGAUAAAGCGGUUAUGGAUGCCUCACUGAUAUGUGAAGACAGUGUUCGUGCUGAACUUCAGCAGGUUGAUCGAGUUCUAGGCUGUCGGGUUCAAGGUGACAAUGCUAGUGUUUUGCAUCAUGCGUCUGUAGCACUUGCAGAAGAUGUGCAUUCUGAUGAUUUGCUAAUUGCAGAAAAUCAAAACAGACUUUCAGAAGAUAAUUCUGUUUGUGAUAUUGAUUCAGAUAUAGCAGCUGCUGAAAAUCUUGCUGAGGUUUGUCCUAAUUCUUUGAAAAGUUCUGAUAAAGAAGAAAGCACUAAGAAUGAUGUCAGAGUGGAUAAAACAUAUGUAUAUAGAAGGUCUGUAACUAAAAAAUGCAAGGGAGGGAAUUCCAUGGACUUAUUGAGCAAAGAUGCCAAGGAUUCAGAUUGUGCAAUCACAAAUGGUAAGGAUCAAGAUGAAUCUGUUGUAACUGUAGCUAAUUCAAGAAAAAGAAAUGAAAAAAUGGCUGUAGAAGAGGUGGAUGCUGAUGUUAGUGUGAAAGCUCAUGGUACUGCUGAAGUUCCAAAAGAUUGUGAAAUGCCUUCAACAACAAAAGAGAUGGAUGUAGAAAUGAAAAUAAGUAGCAGUGCCGAAAAUAAAGUUCAGGAGGCAGUUGCGACUGAAUCUGCAUGUUCUAAUGGGGAGACAAUAUCAUAUGAAUUUUUUGUUAAAUGGGUGGGGAAGUCCCAUAUUCAUAAUAGUUGGGUUUCUGAAUCCCAGUUGAAAGUUCUGGCAAAGAGAAAACUAGAAUGUUACAAGGCCAAGUAUGGUACAGCCGUGAUAAAUUUCUGUGAGGAAAAGUGGAGGAAGCCUCAGCGGUUUAUUUCUCUACGCAUUUCAAACGAUGGUAUGAGGGAAGCUUUUGUGAAGUGGACUGGUCUUCCAUACGAUGAAUGCACUUGGGAAAGAUUAGAUGAACCUGUUGUUCAACAAUCUUCUCAUCUGAUUGAUCUGUUUGAUCAGUUUGAACGCCAAACAUUGGAAAAAGAUGCUGCAAAGGAUGAAUCUGGGGGAAAGUGGGAUCAGCAGCAUGAUAUUGUUACUUUGACAGAGCAACCUAAAGAACUGAAGGGAGGCUCACUAUUUCCCCAUCAGCUUGAAGCACUCAAUUGGUUGCGUAAAUGCUGGCAUAAGUCCAAAAAUGUUAUACUUGCUGAUGAGAUGGGGCUUGGAAAAACUGUAUCAGCUGUUGCCUUUAUUUUGUCACUUUAUUUCGAGUUUAAAGCUACUCUACCUUGUUUAGUGCUGGUUCCGCUUUCUACCAUGCCUAACUGGCUUGCUGAGUUUUCACUAUGGGCUCCUGAUUUAAAUGUUGUGGAGUAUCAUGGUUGUGCAAAAGCAAGAGCUGUCAUUCGCCAGCAUGAAUGGCAUGCCAGUGAUUCAAAUGAACUGAAUAAGAGAACAGCUUCUUACAAAUUUAAUGUUCUUUUAACUACUUAUGAAAUGAUUCUUGCCGACUCCUCUCAUUUGCGUGGUUUUCCUUGGGAAGUUCUUGUAGUUGAUGAGGGUCAUCGUUUGAAAAAUUCGGGAAGUAAGCUGUUUAGCUUGCUCAACACAUUCUCUUUCCAACAUCGUGUUCUUUUGACUGGAACCCCACUCCAGAAUAACAUUGGUGAGAUGUAUAACUUGCUUAAUUUCUUGCAGCCAGCUUCCUUCCCUUCUUUAUCUUCAUUUGAGGAGAAGUUCAAUGAUCUUACAACUGCGGAAAAGGUGGAGGAGUUGAAGAAACUUGUCGCUCCACAUAUGCUUAGAAGGCUUAAAAGGGAUGCCAUGCAAAAUAUUCCCCCUAAAACUGAACGAAUGGUGCCUGUUGAGCUGUCAUCCAUUCAAGCUGAAUACUACCGUGCAAUGCUAACUAAGAACUACCAGAUAUUACGAAAUAUUGGAAAAGGGGUUGCACAGCAGUCGAUGUUAAACAUUGUGAUGCAACUGAGAAAGGUUUGUAAUCAUCCAUAUCUCAUUCCAGGUACUGAGCCUGAGUCUGGAUCAGUGGAGUUUCUUCAUGAAAUGCGUAUAAAAGCUUCAGCCAAGUUGACUUUGUUGCAUUCCAUGCUUAAAGUCUUAUAUAGAGAUGGCCAUAGAGUUCUUAUUUUUUCACAAAUGACUAAGCUUCUUGAUAUACUUGAGGAUUAUUUGACCAUAGAAUUUGGCCCUAAAACAUAUGAGAGAGUGGAUGGUUCUGUUUCAGUUGCUGAUCGCCAAACAGCCAUAACAAGGUUCAACCAAGAUAAAAGCCGAUUUGUCUUCUUGUUAUCAACACGUUCUUGUGGCCUUGGGAUCAAUUUGGCCACAGCUGACACUGUUAUAAUUUAUGAUUCUGAUUUCAACCCACAUGCUGACAUCCAAGCUAUGAAUCGGGCACAUCGAAUUGGACAAUCAAACAGACUUUUAGUGUACAGGCUUGUAGUUCGUGCCAGUGUAGAAGAGCGCAUCUUGCAGCUUGCUAAAAAGAAGCUAAUGCUUGAUCAGCUGUUUGUCAACAAGUCUGGAUCUCAAAAGGAAGUGGAAGACAUUCUGCGGUGGGGAACUGAAGAACUAUUCAAUGAUUCUUCUAGCGGGAAAGAUUCAGGUGAAGGUAAUGGCAGCAAAGAAGAUGUGUUAAUGGAAAAAGAACAUAAGCACCGGAAGAGGGGUGGUGGUUUGGGAGAUGUGUACCAGGACAAAUGUAUGGAUGGCAACAACAAGAUUGUGUGGGAUGAAAAUGCAAUUUCAAAAUUGCUUGAUCGUUCAAACCUUCAGUCUGUAUCAACUGAUGUUCUUGAGGGUGAUUUGGAGAAUGAUAUGCUUGGUGCAGUAAAGUUGGUGGAAUGGAAUGAUGAAACAGCAGAUGAACCAGGCGGAGCUGAAUCACCUCCAGCUUUUGCUGAUGAUAUUUCUGUGCAGAAUUCUGAGAAGAAAGAAGAUAAUGUAUUAAAUGGUACUGAACAAAAUGAAUGGGACAGACUUUUGCGUGUGAGGUGGGAGAAGUAUCAAAGUGAGGAGGAAGCCGCCCUUGGUAGAGGGAAGCGACAAAGGAAAGCCGUCUCUUAUAGAGAAGCAUAUGCUUCCCAUCACAAUGAAACAAUGAGUGAGCAGAGUGGUGGUGAAGAAGGAAAGGAGCCAGAAGCAGAGCCAGAGCGGGAAUAUACACCAGCGGGACGAGCUCUUAAAGCAAAGUAUACUAAACUCCGUGCUCGACAAAAAGAACGGCUUGCUAGGAGGAAUGCAAUUGAAGAAUUUCCUCCAAGUGAGGAAUUUCCUGGACUUCAGUCAGUAGCUCGGUGUCCAUCCAUGAAUGACAGAGAAGGGGAUCAUGUUAAUCAAUCAGUUCGACAGCCUCAUAGAGAAAAGUGUUUGGUAAUUGACUUGGAGGAUGACAAACUUGCUCAGUCAUCAGAUGAACCAAAAAGCAAGGCCGAUUCAAUUUUAAGGUUUGAGAGGCUGUCAAAACAUAAAAUAGGCGGUCAAUUGGAUCUUUCUGUUAAUUCUCUUCAUCAGUCUUCUCCUGAGAUAAUCCUUACAAGUAACAAUCAUCAGUGCACAAGCUAUACAAAUUCAUUACCAAGCAACAACUUGUUGCCAGUUCUUGGGCUUUUUGCCCCCAGUGCUAAUCAGUCAGACUCGUAUCAUAGAAACAUCUUGAGAUCAAAUGGCAAGCAAAGCAGGCCAGAAACUGGACCAGAGUUUCCAUUCAGUUUGGCUCCAACUACCGGACCCUUAACUGAGAAAGAAGCAAAAGGUCAAGAGACUACCCUGGACAAUUUUAAAUUGCAAGAUGCAUCAUCAGAAGUUAUGCGUCUUAAAAAUGGAAACCAAGAUAGUUGGCUCCCAUUUAGCCUGUAUGCUCCUGCUGUUCCACAAGGAAAAGUUUUUGAUCGAUUAGAAAGUUCUGGUGGUAGUUUUUCUGAUUUUAAGGAAAAAAUGUCACUGCCUAAUUUACCAUUUGAUGAGAAAUUGCUGCUCCGCUUUCCCUUUCCUACCAAAAGCAUGACCACAUCACAUCAUGACCUAUUGCCUAGCUUAUCCUUAGGGAGUAGGCUUGAUGCUGUAAAUGAGUCCAUGCAAGACUUUCCAACAAUGCCAUUGCUGCCCAAUUUGAAAUUCCCUCCACAUGAUGUGCCUAGGUAUAAUCAUCAAGAGAGGGAAAUGCCUCCUACAUUGGGUUUGGGUCAGUUGCCAUCCAUUUCUGCUUUUCCUGAAAAGCAUAGGAGGGUGCUUGAAAAUAUUAUGAUGAGAACUGGAUCUGGAUCUGGGAACUUGUAUAAAAGGAAAUCAAAGGUAGAGGGCUGGUCAGAGGAUGAACUUGAUUUUCUCUGGAUUGGUGUUCGUAGACAUGGACGAGGGAAUUGGGAUGCCAUGCUUAGAGACCCCAGGCUAAAAUUUUCGAAGUAUAAAACUUCAGAAGAUUUAGCAACUAGGUGGGAGGAGGAACAACUGAAAAUUUUGGAUGGACCAUCUUUUUCAGUACCAAAAUUCACCAAGCCAGCAAAAACUACAAAACCUUCUUCCUUGUUUCCGAGCAUUCCUGAUGGAAUGAUGACGCGGGCAUUGCAAGGUAGUAGAUUUGUUGCACCAUCAAAAUUUCAAACUCACCUGACUGAUAUGAAAUUGGGUUUCAGUGAUCUAGCUCCCUGCCUGCCUCAUUUUGAGCCAUCAGAGCAACUUGGUUUACAAAAUGAUCAUUUUCCUCAUAUUCCAUCUUGGAAUCCUGGCAAAUUUCAUGCAAACUUUUCUGGAGAUUCGAUUGCUGGACCCUCUGAUAGGCCAGGCUCAUCAUCCAAUGUACCUAGUGAGAAACCUUUUCUUCUCAACUCUUUUGGAGCCAGCAACUUGGGUUCAAGUUUGUAUUGCUCCAGUAGCUUUGAUUUACACAGGAAGGAGGAUGAUUAUGGUUCAAUGAAGGAUGGAAAGUUGCCUAGUCUUCUCGAUAGAUCACUACAUAUUUUGCCUGAUUCCCACAAUAAUGGGGGAACUGGUGAAUCUGCCAGCUCCGGGUUUCUCCCUGAUCCAACUAAAGGGCUGAAUCUUUCCCAUUCGAAAGGAAAAGAAGUAGUUGGAGAUAAUUCUUCUAAGAACAAGUUACCUCACUGGCUUCUGGAAGCUGUUAGUGCUCCUGCCAAAACACCAGAUCCUGAUUUGCCGCCCACUGUGUCAGCAAUUGCUCAGUCAGUUCGCAUACUGUAUGGAGAAGAUAAGUCAACCAUUCCCCCAUUUGUGGUACCAGGGCCCCCUCCUUCUCAACCCAAGGAUCCGAGAUGUGGUCUAAAGAAGAAAAAGAAACGGAAGUCCCAUGUGUUGAGGCAGGCCCUACCGGAUGCAGCUGGAAGUAGUAGCCUCCCUCCAACGUGCUCAAUUCCAUUGGCCCAAUCAUUUCAACUGCUUCCACAAUCAAUAACUGGACCUGUGGGGCUUCCUAAUAUUGAAUCUGAUCUCAACAUGCCUCCUCUUAACUUAAGUGUGGUGAAUCCCUCGUCUUCAUCAGCUUAUCUAAUUCCACCCAAAAAAUCAAACAUGGGAUUAUCCCCCUCCCCUGAAGUGCUUCAACUGGUAGCAUCUUGUGUUGCCCCAGGCCCGCACUUGUUAUCAACUUCUGGCAUGGCAAAUUCUAGCUUACUCGAUAGCAAGCUUCCAUUGCCACAAUCUGUUAAUGAAGUUGGAUAUCCAGAUUCACAAGGUGUGUCUAACAAAGGGAAAGCUAAACAGAGCCAGUCCGUUGACGCACAGGAUCAGCCUUCAGAGAGUCAAGAUAAGCCUGAUAGUGGGGAUGCUAGCAAGACUCAGUCUGAUCCUUCUCAUCCUGAACGGUUUGAUGUAGAGGAAAUAUCAUCAGAAGGCACUGUGUCAGAUCAUCCUGUGAGUGACCAUGAAACAUAGCUGUUAUACAGGAGUAAACAGUGACAAAUAAUUAUUCUUUGACUUGCUCGAAUUUUUGUAGGCGUGAUGCAAUGAGUGAUUAACUAGCAUAUAUAGGAUCAUUUAGGAUAUCUUUAGUGUAAAGUUUCUGUAAGAGGAAAUGAAAUAUAUAGUGUUGCCUGCUUUGCAAUUGUUUCUUUUAUCGUCUUGCCUCCAGUUUGAGAGCUCGCUAUGAUUUGUGGAGCAAACAAUGAAAUUUUCAUCUGCAUAGUGAGCUUCAUUCGGCUGAUCUAACCAAGAGAUAGAAUUUGGAGGGAAGUUUCUUUCAUGUUGCGGUAAGCUUCUGCCACCUAUAUUCUCUCCAAACUGAUUGAGCUGUGCCAUUUUUUGUUUCACAUUAUUGUAAAAUUUAUCUUCCUGAAUGCGAAAAAUCAUUCUAGUUUUUACAUUGUGGCAUUAAAGUAAUGAUUGGUGUGGCAUGGAUCGUGGGUAUAAAACACAUGAUUUAGUUACUUUUUGCUGCAGCGGAAGAAUGGAAACUUGAGCAAAAAUGUCCCAUAUAUUACUAAUUUUCUCCGAGGCGAAGAUAGUUUCUCCUACUAUGUGCUGGUAAAGGCUGAUUAGAAAUUGCAUGAACUCCAUUCCAUUCAGGGAUAUGUUAGUAAAACUUUGGAAGGAUUAUGUACAAUUACUUUUGUGAAGUUAUUAUACAAAUAGAGCAAAAAUAUAGUCGUGUAGGUAAUUAAUGAUAAAUACUACUAGUAGUAGUAGUAGACAUAUAUCUGACUCACUUUUUCUUUUUCUGUGAAGAAAAAACACCCAUUUUUGUUGAAUUCUGAAGAACAAAUGCUAGUACUUAACAGUACGGUAAGAUUUGUAGUGUGAAGAAGACAGACACAAAAGAUCGGGGGUUGAUUGAUUAAGUCCUGCGAGCUGAGGGUAGGGUUUUACAUACACAUACGUGUCACAAGCUUUUGUUUUAAGCUUAGCAAUCGUCCGGCCUUAGGCAGGAAAUUGUCAUUCAAGUAUAUCUAUGUCAGCCUCUAACAAAGUUAGUGGGUGUGCAUACUAAGAGGUCACUUGGUGAAAGAAUACAAGAUUCUUUAUUGCUGAAAAAAUAUAGCUUUAUACAAUUGUGCUUGAGUAGCUUUGGGUGGUUUACAAAAUUACUAACUCUCAUGUAUGUUCUUAAGGGGAGGGGACACCUCUAUUUAUACAUGAACUCCCUUGGUCUAUGUGGUCGUUAGGGAGCUAAGUGUGUGACUCUUAUUUACAUUCUAGAGGGUUCCAAGGUCCCUAGUCAGUCGUUUGGGUAAUCUUUAGAAGGGAACUGGUAUCAGGCACUCUGUGGUGCAUUGGGUUCAGAAAGUUUCAGGCUCUCAUGUCUGGGUGCUACAGUAUAUCUACCCAUUUGCAGAGGUUCUAUGCCUGCACUAUUGGCCCUGUACCUAAUUUAUCUAGAGUCUUCACUUAUGAAAUGCCAGCAUUAUCAUUCCGGGGCUUUCUAGAAAUUUUUUGCGUAAGGAUUUUAGGCUCAGCAUCAGCCAAACUCUGACAUGAACUUGUUCGGCCUGGUGCUUAAACGAGGGUCUGACUUCCUGGUGUUGGUGCUCAACCCUUGGCUUUGAUGGAGCUCAUGCGGGGUGUGACACACGCACACAACUUUCUCACUGUCUCUCUCGCCUCAUCUUAUUCAGCAAGGAUAGAAUCCCUUUUUUUUUUUUUUAA